AUGCGCGCACCCGCCCUGCCCUCCACGGCUGCUGCCGCCACGAUCCUGUGCUGGAACGUUGCAGGCCUGCGUGGCCUCCUCAAGAAGGACCCCACGGCCAUCGCGUCGCUGAUCGCCCGGGAGCAGCCGCACGUCCUGUGCCUGCAGGAGAUCAAGCUGCAGACCAGUCACUGCGACGAGGAGCUGCACAACCUCCUGGCCCUCGAUCCCGAGUGGCAGAUCACUUGGAACUGCAGCACUGCCAAGAAGGGGUACUCCGGCACCGCCAUCCUCACCAGGAUCCCCCCCGUCAGCACGGUGUGUGGCAUGGGCUCGCCCGGCCAUGACGAAGAGGGUCGGGUGCUGGCGGCCGAGUUUGACACCUUCUACCUUGUCACCGUCUAUGUCCCCAACAGCGGGGAGGGACUGAAGCGACUGGAGUACCGAGUGGGCAGCUGGGAUGAAGCCUUCUCGUCCUUCAUCAAGAAACUUGAAGCACGGAAACCGGUGGUCGUGUGUGGGGACCUGAACUGUGCCAGGCAGAGCAUUGACAUCCAUUCGCCCAAGACCAAUCUGAGGAGCGCGGGAUUCACCCAGGAAGAGAGAGACUCCUUCCAGCAGCGAUACAUGGAUGCUGGCUGGGUGGAUGCCUUCCGGACCAGAUAUCCAGAGCACACCGGAUACACCUACUGGUCCUACAGGUUCAACCUGCGAGCCCGGAACAAGGGGUGGAGACUGGACUACUUCCUGGCCCCCAGCAUCCCAGUAUACCACCGGCAGGAGGCAGCCCUGAUGCAGACCUCCAGGAAAAGCGGUUCUGGGGACGUGCUAGCUGACAGCAAAGAUCCUGUAGAGUCUGGGAAAGUGUUCUUCUUCUAUCGCCCAAGGGUUGGUCUAGACCAUGUUGGGAAACUUGAGGAUGUGCAGAGGUUCUACCUCCUCCUGGAGCCUAGCCAGCCUGGGUCAAAGUCGAGGCUCAUCGUGAUUGGCAAGAAACGUCUGCCAGCCAUCUUCAAUCACGAGGGCAUGGGGGUCCAGCGGUACCAGACUACGACGAUGGGGGAGAGGGUGGUGGGUGCCUGCCGGGCUGCAGGGGAGGGCGCCUACUCCAUUCUGGAGCAUGGCUCGGGCACCAACUUUGUGUACAGGCUGGAGCUGCCUACUGAGCCCAGCGAAGCCCAGAGAAUGUGUGGCAUCGAGCUGGAGGGGUCCUUUGGGCUCAGCGUCAAGAACCCCAACAAGACCAGCAAUCCAGCGGUGGGCCUGAGGGAGAAGGCUGAUCUCCCAGAGGCACUGGAAGACGAGUUCCAGGGGUAUGCCUGGAUUGCUGCCAGGGACCCCAAGAAUGUGGAGAUCCUGCCCACUAAGGGACCUCGCCCUGUGGUAUUCGGGCAGUACAUCUCGCGUCCUGAGGCCCGCACCGUCCUGAUCUACGGCCACUAUGACGUCCAGCCCCCGGAACCCCUCGACAAGUGGACCUCCGGGCCAUUCGACCCCGAGGAGCGGGACGGCUUCCUGUACGGCCGCGGCGCGUCCGACGACAAGGGAGGCUUCCUGGCCGCCGUGCAGGCGAGCGGCCGGGCGGUGGAGGCCGUGCUGCGCGGCGGCGGCGGGCUGCGGGCCCUGAAUGUCAAGGUGCUGAUCGAGGGGGAGGAGGAGGUCCUCAGCCCGCACCUGGAGGACUUCCUGGCCGCGCACGCCUCGCUCCUGGCCGCCGACUUUGCGCUGUCGGCCGACGGCGGCCAGGUGGGGGAGGGCCGCCCCUCCCUGACCCUGGGCUACCGCGGCGCGGCGGGGAUCGAGGUCCAGGUCGGCGCACUGGCGCGCGACGUGCACUCCGGCAUGUACGGCGGCGCAGUGCAGAACCCCGUGCGCGCGCUGGCCCAGCUCCUGGGCUCCAUGUUCAACGCCGACGGCUCGGUGGCCGUGCGCGGCUUCUAUGACAGGGUGAGGCCCAUUACACAGGCUGACAGGGACGACAUCCUGGCCUACAACUACGACGAGGACGAGGAGCUGAAGGGCGGGGUGGGGGCCGUGGAGGCCUACGGCGAGGAGGGCUUCUCCUCACUGGAGCGCCUCUGGCUGCGGCCCACGCUGGAGAUCGUCGGCUUUAAGGGUGGGCACACCGGGGAGGGCAUGAAGACCAUCGUCCCCGCCACCGCCGUAGCCAAGCUAGCCGCCCGCCUGGUGGCCGACCAGCGCCCGGGGGAGGUGGUGGCCCUGCUGGAGGCCCACAUUGCGGCGCACCACCCGCCCGCCUGCAACGUGACGGUGCGCGAACUGGGCUUCGCGGCCAACCCCUACUCCCUGGACCGCGCCUCGCCCGUGCUGGCCACCGCAGCGGAGGUGCUGCGGGAGGUGCUGGGCGCGGCGCCCGUGCACGACCGGUGCGGGGCCACCAUCCCCGCCCUCGCCGCGUUCCAGACACUGCUGGGAAUCGACACCGUGCCCUUUGCCUUUGCGCUGCCGGGGGACGGGCCCCACGCGCCGGACGAGCGGGUGAAGCUGUCCAUGUUCCACAAGGGGCGGGAGGCCUACGUGCGCCUGCUGCACCGGCUGGAUGGCCUGCUGCCCUGCCUUCGGGCCCUGAGGCCAGACGUCUGUGGACUGGAGCUGGGGGUUCGCCACGUGCUCUCGGACCUGCAGUCCACAAAGGAGAGAGGUUGA